AUGCAACCGUUCAACAACUCGUUAUUCGGUUCGUUUGAUGAUCCGUUGUUCCAAGCACGAGCUGCUCAAGUCGCUUUGGCAGACAUGGAUGUCAAGGUGAACAUCACGAAUCCAUUAAUGCGACCACACGAUAUGUUCAGUAAUUACCUUAUGUCAACUAACGAUCCAGCAAACAUUUACCACGGAUUGCCUUCCGCUUCCGAAGGUUUCGACCCCUCGGUUCUGGUAUCCACCUCAUCGGAACAGGAACAGAUGACCCCACUUCAGCAGGUGAUGGCUAUGCAAAACUACGGUGCCUCGUCACAUUUCCCUCAAUAUCCGAUGGCAUCAACAUUUCCCUCUGCGAUACCACCGCAAGUUACCCGAUAUCCGCUCGCGGCACCCGCAGCAGAAAUCGACACCGAUCCACGGGAAUUGGAACGAUUUGCUGAGCAUUUCAAGCAACGACGUAUAAAACUGGGUGUUACGCAGGUGUGUCAAGCUAGUGACGUCUGA